AUGGUGGACCGCAAGGGGUCGGAGGCCGCGGCGGCGAAGCACUCACAUUCCAUCCCCGCACCGUCUUUCCCGACGCACAACUCCCCUAGGACGUGGUUUCUCACCACCGCCCUCUCGCCGCUCAUCAUCCGGCUCAUCAGGCUGCUGCUCGCCCACGGCGACUACGUCGUCGCCUGCCUGCCGCCGGGUGAGAUCGAAGACGACGGCCGCAGUGCCGAGUUCCGCGAGCUCAUCAACGAGUGCAAGAGCAACCGCAAAGACCGCGAAGGAUGGAAGGAUAGGAUACGCGGCAUCCGCUGCGAUGGCCGCGUUAUGGGCCAGUGCGGUGCCGCCGUCGCCGAGGCUGUCCAGGUGUUUGGCCGAAUAGACAUUCUGCUGUGUUGCAGAUCUGAAGGUAUUGUAAACCCUCGAAUCAUUCACUGCUCGACGUUGACAAGUAUGCUGACCACAAUAGCCGUCGUGGGAAGCAUCGAGGAGCUCUCUACGACCCCCCAGACCCACAAUCUUGUCCGUGACCAGUUUGAGACAAUUUUCUUCUCGCAGGUCAACUUCAUCAAGGCCGCCCUGCCGCUCCUCCGCUCGCAGCACACGGGGCACAUCAUCAUCCUCUCCAGCACGGGCGGCCACAUCGGCACGCCAGGGAUGCCCAUCUAUACCUCGGCUAUCUGGGCGCUCGAGGGGUUCUGCGACUCGCUCGCGUACGAGAUCGCCCCCUUCAACAUCAAGAUCACCAUUGUCCAGCCCAACAAGGAGAUCCAGUCCCUCACCAACAAAAUCAUCUUCGCACCCCAGCUGCCGUGGUAUGACUCCGAGAUCAACCCAGCCCCCAGUAUCCGCGACAUGCUCGGCAACGUCCUCAACAUGAACCCCGACACCGCCGUGCCGGACCCCAACGAGACGGACGAGGUUCAGGUCCGGUACCCGAAGCUGCCGCCCAGCGCCAUAGAUAGGCUGGUGCUGGAGACGGUGCAUGCGCUGACGGCCAUUGGUGGCCAUGAGAACCCGCCCGCAAGGCACAUUGUCGGGUUCGAGGGAGCUGCUGCGGUCAAGGAGAAGCUGAAGACGGUGACGGAGGAGCUGGAGGAUUUUGUGGAUGCGAGCCUGGCUGUUGACAUAUUUGAAAGCGAACUCAAGGCCGAGGCGAAGGAGGGAAAGUCGAGGGAAUCCCCACCGCCCGCACCGGCAUCCACCGCGUCAGGUUGA